UUGUCAAUCUAUUACAGAGGUCCAGUACAUACUGUAGGAUCUCACAGUGUGAGCCACAAUUUACAUUCCAACACUGUUCAGUGCACUGUUGUAUCACUAUAUUACUACAGUGUUAGACAGAUCGUGAAGUUAAAACCCCAGCUGGACAAGCUGGAGGAGGAAGAGGUUGGAGACAGACCAAAAUGGGACAACAAGGCCCAGUACUUGCUGACCUGUUGGCAAUGUCUGGCAGUUCCCCUGUCUGUGUCAGAGUCAUGGAGGAGGUGCAUUUAUGAUACCAUUUCUGAUCCUGCUGGUUCUUGAAGGAAUCCCACUUCUGCAUCUUGCCAUUGGUCAACGUUUAAGAAGAGGCAGUUGUAGUCUACAAUUCAUCCUUAUUUGACAGCCGUUGGUAUGAAAGUUUUGCAUAAUGUUACAACUGGUGGAGAUGUGCCUUAAAAGAAACCCUUUUAAAACAUUCCUUGGCAGGUAUUGCAUCCAUGUGUGUAUCUCUGACGAACUGUCUCUACUACAACACCAUCAUUGCCUGGAUUUUGUGGUACUUCUUCAACUCAUUUCAAGAGCCUCUGCCUUGGAGUCAGUGUCAGAUGAAUGCCAAUUUAACAGGGAGACCCUGAACACAACUCCAACGAUUGAAGAGGAUGGCGGCCUGCAGUAGUGGAUACUGUUAUGUCAUGUUUGUGUGUGGUCUGUGCUCUGUAUCUGCAUCAUUCGUGGGAUUGAGACCAUUGGGAAGGUACAGUACUUUGCACAUUGCUUACUACAGUAGUGCAGAAGAUUUUAAUGGAGCUAAAUAAUAGUUCUGUGUAUGUGACUUCAACCCUUCCAUGCGUGGUGCUGACAAUAUUUCUGAUCAGAGGAUUGACCCUAAAGGGCUCUUUGAGUAAAGGUUCUUUUCACGACAGAUGUAAGUUGCCUUUUAAAAAUUAAUUUUAGCAUUCAUGCUGGUCUUACUGCAGACGACAAAUCAGAAUGCACUGAAUAUACAGUUGUUUUAAUACUAUUUAGUAAUUACAGGAAUAACAUUUUAUUUAUAUUUAUUUAAAAUAUUAUUUUCAGUAAAAUAUAAUAACAUUUUUAUCUGUUUGGGGAAGCUGGUAACUGGUGAACUGGUAACCACCAUCUAUGGGAUCUUUUACCACAUCUUGCUAUUUUAGUCCUCUGAAUAGUCCUCAUUAGAGGUACCAUAUAGCCCAUGCAGAGCAAUAACCAGCUGAACUGUCUACUUUCCUAAUUCUUCCAGUUAACAGAGCUGGCAAAGCCAUCAACAUGGCUCGAUGCAGGUGCUCAAGUUUUCUAUUCCUUCUCUCUGGUUUUUGGUGGUCUUAUUUCCUUCUCCAGCUACAACUCAGUGCAGUAAGUUGUUGUUUGAACCUGCGUCAUUUAAAGUUACUGGUAAUCCACUUUUCCACCAUCCUAAACCUGGAGAUUUCAUAUAAUUACUUGAACAUAAGCACUGAUUUUGCACCUAGAAUUGAUCUGGAGUUUACCAUUUCACAACCGUAAGCACCCGAUAUUCUUUUCUUUUGUUUCAGAGACAUUUUGUCUAAUAAUGGCAAAUCUAGUGAACAUAGGAUCUUAGUAUAAGCCCAUAAUAGAUUUCUAUCCCAGGGCCCUGUUGUGGGUUGAUCCUUCAGUGGGGUUAACUAUGAUUUGACAGCUAUAGUCUACCAAGUGAUUAAACAAUUAGAUUUUGAGGCUGGGAGGAGGUGCUGGCCCAGAAGGAAGUUGACUUUGAGUCAUGUAAUGAAGGUACACCUAUCUGUCCAGCUGGGGUCACUAUUGUGACGUGUUAACAGUGUGGCGUGUUUGAGAAGUGAAUUAAAUACUGAUUAAACCAGCUGCAUAUUGUUAUUUUGAAUCCCUUAGUUUCUAAGUCUGAUAAGGAAUUCCAUACACACUAAAUGUUUUUUCCCAGUGUAAGUGGUGUUUGGUAAUUACUGCUGACUGAAAUAUCUCAGACUGUGUGCAAAUAACAGUAAUGUCAACUGUACCACGUAACAAAUUAAAUAGGCAUGUGUACUAUCACAGUUUUACUCCCUGAGUUCCUUAUUUAUGCUGCUUUUAUCGCUUAUGUUAUCAACAUCAUGUCAUGUCUUUACACAAGGGCUUUUUAUUAAACAAACAAACCACAUUGUUCCCACAACUUCAAGUGCCAACAAGAAAAAUUAGGCUGACAAAGCAAAUGUCGCCCCUGCGUCUUCUGAUACAAACAGGUAACAAGUCACCAGACUCUUCAGACAAAGUAGCCACAAGUCAGACAAAAAAUUAUACAACUUUUCAAGCUAAACUUGCUAAUUAUCUUGAUUAAUACAAAUUUAUUUCCAAUUACUUCUCACUGUGCACAACUGUAACUCACUGUUAAUUACAUUUUUAAUUUUAGUGUGCAUGUUUUUUUCCCCAGUGAAGGUCAAUCUAGAAACCGACCAGGGGGAUUAUAAUAUGUUACCUGGAUCUCACCAAUGAUUUAGAGAGCGAUAAUACUUCAGUGGUUAUGUGACUGUAGCACGUUUGUUUCUUGUAAAAUAUUGAUAGUAAAACGUCCAGUGAUUGAACUGAAUGACCUUCAACCAUAAGGCAAUGCCAAUGCUUUUUUUUUAAGGUGAAGUCAAUUGCCUACUGAAAAUUGUUGUCGGUUAUCACAAUAUCUUUGGCCAAUAUCAUUGCUUUUAAAUUUGCUUUAUUUCAAGGGACAUUUCUGAUUCCUUAUGUCAUUGCCUUGGGGUUUGAGGGACUUCCUCUGCUGCACAUGAAACUGGCCAUUGAACAACGGCUCUGUACGGGAAGUGUUGGAAUGUGGAAUUCCCCCAUAUCACGGAGGUUUAGGUGUGGCUUCCAUGGCAGUAUCCUUCCUAGUUGGUCUGUUCUGCAUGAUCUUGGCCUGGAUCCUCUGGUACUUCUUACACACCUUUCAAAGUCUGCUUCCCCCAUUAAACUUCAUCAUACAAUCAUACUGGCUAUGUAAGUGAAUGUGAAAAGAGCUCACCAGUGAACUAUUUUUGGUAUCGUGAGACACUGAACAUAACACCAAACAUCGAAACCAGUGGGUCAUUACAGUGGUGGCUCGUGCUGUGUCUUGCACCUGCUUGGUGCCUCGUGUACAUCUACUUCAUACGUGGAAUUGAGACUAUUGGAAAGUUUUUUCAACAGGCUAUUUACAUAAUUCUUGGUCAGCGCCUUGUUUCUGUCUGGAGCCACCGAUGGCUUAAUAUACUGUAUCUCUUCACGCCAAAUUGGGAACCCCUUAAAAAACCCUGAGGUCUGGUUGGAUGCUGCUAAUCAGAUCUUUUUCUCUUUGUCUUUGGCCUUUGGGGGACUUUUUCCAGUUAUAAUGCUCAGAAGAAUAAUUGUGAGAGAGAUGCUCUAAUUGAUGGAUGUGUUGUGAUGUGGGAUGUGUGAACAGUUUUACGUUAUGCAUCAAUUCCUAUUUUUGCCAUUCUUGGAUUUAAAGCAAAUGAAAAUUACAAUGACAGCAAACAUUAAUAUGUACCAUUGAGGAACAUAUUUUGACAAAUGCAUUUAACAUCAGGAAUGAAAACAUAACUCUUGAAAACUAUGAUGACUGGUUAAAUUAUCUCAACACAACUGAUCCCUCAAAGGUUGAAAGCCUCAAUAUAAAGACCUGUAAUCUACAGACUUUCUUGGACCAAGUAGUACAUCUGUUGCUAUUAAAAUUGUUUUGAUUUUAACAGUUUUCUCAAUUAAGUGUUGUGAGGUGGUUGUGUAUGAGAUCAUGUAUUACAUCCUACCUGUAGAGCGCCUCUGGAACCAGCCAGGCCUUCAUUGUGUUUAUUGAGGUGGUGAUAAAAAUGCCAGGCUCUCAGGUGUGGGUGGUGCUCUUCGACUUGUCCUCCAUGUUUGGAAAUCUAAUCCUUACUCGCCAGCUGCACCUACACAUGGUUCCACCCUGGCUUCCUAAGGAAAUUUUCACAGGUUUAAUGACGACAUUGAAUGGAUGACAGGUCGGAGACCAAACAUCUACUGGCAGCCCACUUGGCGCUUCAUCAGUCCUUUGAUGCUUCUGGUGGUUUUUGUGGCAUACGUUGAGGCUGAAAAAUGCCUGGAACCCAGAUUACAUAACAAAAAUGAUUUUACAGUUGCUGUACAAAAUCACUGUGUAGAAUUUCUUAAAUCUAGCACACAAUGAAAAAAAGACAUUGACUUUCUACUCCAUUACACCUACAGCUGCACUUCCCCCUUGCUGAUGUUCUGCACUAUCCUGAAUGGGUUUCUGUUAUCUGUGUGCUCUUAUCUGUCCUUCCUGUUGUCUCCAUCCCUCUUGUGGCUCUCUACAAAUUCAUGGGCUUCCUGAAGAAGUACAUAAUGAACAGGCACAACCAAAACCCAUUUGCAAAUGAAUUCUAUCAGGGAGAAUUGUAAUUAAAAAUUAUUUAGCUGUUUUAUCUGAUCGGUGGUCAGGACUACCGUGGUACAUGUGAGAUAUUUUGUCAUUUAAUAACUUCUUCUUACUGAUUAUUUUCAUAUUGUUUUCUAUCUUUUGUAUAGUAAGGUAUUACUAAUAUUGUUAAUUAACAUUAUUUUGUUAAUUUCAUUCCUUUCAUUCAUUGUCUAUCAUAAUCGGAAUUGUGCUUUGGCAACACAUGUCAAAUGUCAUGCCAGUAAAGCCUACUGAAUUGAAAUUAAUUAUUGCAAGCUUCUAAUUACAUUACAGUUGAAAUGACAUUAUCACUAGCAUAGUAUAUUGGCAUUAGCAGCUGUAAUUUUAGUAUAUUUGCUAAAUUAAAACAUUCAUUUACACAAGUGUAUUUCUAUUGGUGAAGGAAAUGCAAACACUGUCAGCCAGAUCAAAUCAAUGCAGGACAAUAUCCCUGAGAAAAAAUAUUAACAACAGAAUACCAAAGGCUAGAAGUGAAUAUCAGGUUUGUGUUAAUAUUUGAUUAAAGGAAGACAACAGUUAAUUUCCUGUGUUUAUGUUUUGAAUGGGAACAAACAGAGAGUGAUGGAUAACUUUUCUGAAUGGUUUUGUGAUAAGCACAUUAUUAAUUCUUGAAAAAAAAUAUCACAAUGAUUUUCAGAACUAAUGUGUACAAGCAAUGCCACACAAGCUGAUACUUGUAGCAAUGUUGUGUUUGUAUGUAACAACAUCAUCACCAUCAUAAUUUCUUAAUAUUAUAAUGGAUAUAAUAUCAUCUUGAAAUUCACAUUCCCGUCUGCCUGGGGAACAGCUUUUGUUAUGUGAUAUACAGUAAUACAGUUAUGUGCUUUCUACCCUCGGUUACCUGCAAGUGUGAAGAGUGAUGUAGUGUUGCAUGAUGUGCCCUUUAUGUAACUUUUUUGCACGUCAACAGUGGAUGCGGGUGUAUACCAGUAGCCUAGUAGGACUGUGCUGCCUGAGGGUGCAUGCAUGUGCUCACUGACCAUGCGCAUGUGUAUGCAUGUGUGUAUUUUGAGUCAUACAAGUUACAGAGUUGUCCUUUUUGUGGUGUGGGUGGACAGUGAUAUUGUCCUCUCAGUGUCACGUGCUUUGGAAUAUGCUGGCUGCUUUUGUUGUCCCUCUGCCUGUUCUGCUUUUCUGGCACUUUCAUACAAUGGUGCACUUGAACACUGUGAUGUUAUUAAGCCUUUCAAACUACUACAGCUUGAAUUCCAGCUCUCAGGAAAGACUAGCAUCCCAAUGUAGGAUACAUGGCACAAGAUAAAUCAUCGAGGAACAGCAGCAAGGAUUGAGUGUAACAUCAGAACAAAGGCGAUGUCCCAGCGAGCAGAUGCCUCCCAGUGUGGUGGGGUUGUGGUCGAGUUUGAGUCUGAUGACAUCAGGGAUGCGAGAGCUAAAAAAGCUAGGAGAAUACCAGGUUCAGCACUUAUCUACCUCAAGGGUCCCAAGUUUCUCAUCUAUGUCAGUGGAGCAUUGUCAAUGUGGGGUGACCGCAUGUGGCACUUUGCAAUCUCUGUGUUCCUGAUUGAGCUGUAUGGCCGUAACCUGCUGUUGACGGCGGUGUUUGGACUGGUAGUGGCUGGGUCAGUGCUACUACUUGGUGCUUUGAUUGGAGACUGGGUUGAUCGCAAUCCCAGGAAUAAAGUUGCACACGCAUCUCUUUUCAUUCAGAACAUCUCAGUGACAGUAUGUAGCAUUGUGCUCAUGUUGGUGUUCUUAUAUAAGCAAAGGAUUGAACAGAUCUGGGAUGGAUGGCUUACUGUGGUUUGUUAUACGGUGGUGAUCGUCCUGGCAGAUGUGGCAAACCUUGCAAGCACAGCACUGACCAUUGCCAUUCAGAGGGACUGGAUUGUGGUUAUCACAGGCUACAACAGAGGUCACCUAGCUGGAAUGAAUGCAACCAUGAGGCGGAUAGAUCAGGUGACUAACAUCCUGGCCCCACUAGCAGUGGGACAGGUCAUGACCCUGGCCUCCAAUGUAGUUGGUUGUGGUUUCAUCCUGGGCUGGAACCUUGUGUCUCUCAUUGUGGAGUUCUUCUUCUUGUCACGGGUGUACCGCAUCGUCCCUGCUCUUUCAAUCAAACCACCAGUGAUGGAGGACAAUCAGGUGUAUCUGCAGAGGAUGGAGAGGAGAAGGUCACAAGAGGAAGAUAACGUUGCACAACCUCAACCUCUGACAGAAGGUAACUGCAACACAAGCCUGCACCUAAAAGAAAUCAACGACCUGCCACUGUGUUUCCGGAGGUUUCGCUGGCUGGUGAGCACCUGUAAGGACGGCUGGAGGGCUUACUAUCGCCAGCCUGUCUUCCUGGCAGGAAUGGGUCUGGCUUUCCUCUACACCACAGUCCUGGGCUUUGACUGCAUCACCACUGGCUAUGCCUAUACUCAGGGCAUAAGCGGCUCUCUCCUUAGUCUGCUGAUGGGUGUAUCAGCUAUCACAGGGCUGAUGGGCACUGUGAUGUUCACCAGACUCAGGAAGACCUAUGGCCUGAUUAACACAGGUAUCAUCUCAAGUUGCCUUCACCUGGGCUGCUUGCUGCUGUGUGUGUGCUCUGUGUUUGCUCCUGGCAGCCCUAUGGAUCUUAGCUUGCUGAUGCCCUACAUUACCUCUAACUCCUCUUCUGAGCUUGGAGGGAUGACAAGCCAAAGGCAAAAACACACUUACCCUCUUAGGGGAGGCAACAAUCAGCCACUGCUGCCCGACCGCUCCUCCAUACACUGGACCAACAACACUGUGCUUUUUGACAACGUGCCCGCUGGCACAGCGCCAGAAUCUUACAUCUCCAUUAUCCUGCUGUUCUUGGGUGUCAUCACAGCACGCAUUGGUCUCUGGUCCUUCGAUCUGACAGUGACUCAGCUCCUGCAGGAGAACAUCUGUGAGUCAGAGAGAGGUGUGGUAAACGGGGUGCAGAGCUCUAUGAAUUACCUGAUGGAUCUGCUACACUUCAUCAUGGUGAUCUCCGCUCCACAGCCAGAGCACUUUGGCAUCCUAGUUAUCAUUUCUGUUUUAUUCAUCACCACUGGGCACACUAUGUACUUCCUGUAUGCACACAAAGCCAAGAGAAAACGCCGCCUUGACACAUAAGGAGCAGACAUGGUCCACACAUCCAGGCAUGAGAUGCUUACCAGCAUUGACUCCACUCUGCACCUGUGAAAUGAAUGUCUCCCUCCUGUUACUUCAGCAAUCUUAUUGCAACACUCCACUCCCGACUUAGCCAUUCAUUUCAGCACAACACAGCAAGUGCCUGUCCCACCUAGGUUGCUUUCUUCCUGCAGGGCCAUGUGCCAUAGCAGCAAACAAGAACUCAGGUGAAAUAGAGUGGGAGACACGCUCUCCCUUCGUGUACAUAAGUUGAGGUGGCUACAAUAAAUGCAGCAAUGGUACCUCCAGGGAAUGUCCGAAUCUAACGUACAACAGGACACAAAGGUAACGGCUAAGGAACCAGCACACGCCUUUGCAAACCCUGUAGGAUUACUGCAAGACUUUCAUCAAACAAGCCUGUUAACUUACAUAGCUUUUUGGAUGGGAGGGUGGAUGGAUGGAGAGAUUUUUCUAACCUUCACUCAGUAAAGAACUGGUGUUGUGAGGAAAACUUAACCGUGAUACAAAAAAAAUACAAACAAGACGAGACAGUACUUCUACAAGUGGCAUCGAUGUUACUGAUCCGUCCACUUGGAAAUAUUUCAGGAUGUCCAAAAAGGAACAUAAAGGGAACUUGAUGUGAGAUUGUUUCAUUAACAAAAAAAUCUGAAAGGCAGCCCCCCUUUUAAUGGACAGAAGCAUUUCCUUCCCCUGGUUUGUUUCUCUGUGGAUGAAUCAAGCAAACAUUUGCCUUUCUUUUAUGCAUGUAAACCUGGCUUAUGGAUUAUAACAACAAAAACAUUAUCACGUCACGCCAUGUACUUUAGUCAAACUUCAUACAAACUAUUUUAUUCUAAUUGCUUGUGUACUUAGAUAAAUAGUUUCCAAACUUUCUUUCCUUCCAAUAUAAAGAGUGAUAUUAAUAGUUUUAUAGAAAUCCAAGAGGAAAGCAAUCUUUAUUUUGUGACAUGUUUGAAAUCAGUGAUAGCUAUAUGUUGAUAGCAAAUGUCGAUCACUGCCAUCAGCAGCGUUGUAUCAUACUUUGCUUCAUUCUUUUGUAGUUCUGAUGAACUAAACAUUACCUUACCUCAGCUAAGAACAACAACACUGUUGGGAAUAUGUUUUCAUAUCUACUUCAUGUACAGUGAAAAUAACAUCAAAGUUUAACCUUUUGUCAUACAACCAGCAACACACUUCAAUAUAUUUGUAUAAUUUUCCUGUGACAUUUCCGUAUUGUAUGUUGUCCUUAUUUUUCAGACUGAUAAUUAUGAUAAUAAAGAUAACUGAAUAUGA